AAGUUUACUGACAACGCGACGGCAUGUAUGAUGGCGCUCGCCAGUGAGGAGGACAGCAAGUCCGCGAAGAAGAUGAAAUCCACUUCCCAUUCAGGAAUUCCUGAAGCAGUAUUCCUGGAGGAUGUUGAUGCCUUCAUGCAAAAGCCAGAGAAUGCAGACCCAACGGCAGUGGUCCAGCGUUUAGAUGAGCAACACAACAAGUACAAGUUCAUGGAGCUUAAUCUACUUCAGAAGAAAAAGAGGUUGAGGUCCCAGAUCCCAGACAUCAAAAAUACACUGGAGAUAGUCCAACACAUGCGAAGUAAACAGGGGUCCGGGGAAGAGAUGGACACACAGUUUCUAUUAGCUGACCAAGUGUACGCCAAGGCGUCCAUACCUCCAUCUGAGAGAGUGUGCUUGUGGCUAGGGGCCAAUGUGAUGUUAGAAUACACCAUAGAAGAUGCAGAAUCCCUAUUAACCAGCAACCUGUCAGCGGCCAGGGAGAGCCUCCUGCAAGUAGACACCGACUUGGACUUCCUACGGGAUCAGUACACCACCACAGAAGUCAACAUGGCUCGCGUAUACAACUACGGAGUAAAGAAAAGACAAGGCGCCCAGUCGGCAAGCUAGGUGUACCCUUUUUAUCCGACCACUCUACAUGUUGGAUUGAAUGCAGCUUUUCCUAUGGAACAAUUCUAAACCGUUGAAAGCUCUCUUGAAAUAUGUAUCACAAAUUUUUGUGUUGUGCAUUGUGAGUGACUUCAAGCUGAUUUUUGAAAGGGGCAAAAUCACACCGGUUUUAUGUUUAUCUGAACUGCUGUUCUCCUGUUUUGGUAAUGUCAAGUGCAUAAAUGGGAUAGAGCUUAUUAGGCAACCUUCACUGGCCAGCGGGUUAAACUCUAACCCUGCCGGUUGCAGCCAAGCAAGGCAGUUGAAAAAGUCUGUUGGGCAUUGUUGCGCAGGGGACUAGUUCCAUGAUAGAACAAUGCCACUGCUUGAUCCUUUGGGGCUGUCAAUAAGCCAUUUCCGAGUUAAAUUUGAAUAAAAUCUGGUUCACUGAGCUAUCUGAUUGCACAUAAACAUAACGAUUUAAAUUCCCCA